AGCACAUGUUGUGGGACUAAACCUCAGCCUGGUUGUCCCUCGGCAAAGCCAGAGGUCUGCAAAUGCCCCUUCCUCCGCCUUACGGAACCGGGGAGAGGAGGGUCGUUGCAAUAAUACUAAUACUAAUACAAUCCCCUGUCCCAGCUCUCUUUCGAGCCAGACCCGGCCCUGGAAAGAGCCGACGAGGGUUUUUCUGAGCAUGUGCCUUCCGCUUUGCUCGGGCAGCCCAGCUGGCAUUCUCCGGCGGCGGCGGCGGAGAGGAGUAGGGGGCCGCAACGGGAAUAUGUGACUCGCUCUCCCGGAGCUUUCGACCCCGGCCCUCCUCCGGCCUUACCCGAGGUACUUGGGCCCCUGCGCCGCCCCCGAGCUCUGCAUGGCCACGGCCGGCGCGCCAAGACCCGCGCGGGCAGGCAAGGAGAGAGGCGGCGGCGGCCAGAGCGCGGCCGGGCAGCGUCCCGCUUGAGCCGCCCUGGAGAGGAGCAGGCCGAGUCCCAGCAGGGCCGCCCGACGCAGCCCGGAGGACAUUCGUCGAGGCGGAGCGGAGAGAGGCCGGCGGAGAAGGAGGCGCGCCGCCAGCUCGCUCUUGCCCCCGCCGCCUGCCCGCUCGCCGAGCGAGGGCGCGCCCUGGCGCACGGCCCGGCCUUGCCUGCCCCAGCGUCCGCUCGCCCCCGCGAGGCUCCCUCUCCUUCUGCAGGAUCAGGUGGCAUUCACUGCUGGCCCUACUGAGAGUAGACAGCCCCGCUGAGGUUAACAGACGUGGCCAGGGCUUUUCUUGGUAAAAGUGCUAUGGGUGCCAGGCCAGCACAAAAUGGCUGCUAUGGGCGGCCAAAAAAGAGGUACUCUGUACCAGCAGUUACCAAAAAAAGCCCUUAAAAUCAUAGAAUGAUAGAGUUGGAAGGGGCCAGUAAGGCCAUCGAGUCCAACCCCCUGCUCAAUGCAGGAAUCCAAAUUACAGUAUCCCUGACAGGUGGCUGUCCAGCUGCCUCUAGAAUGCCUCCACCGUUGCAGAGCCCACCACCUCCCUAGGCAAACCGCAGAGGAAAAAUGCAAGACCAUCUCAAGAAGAAAAGGAAACCUCAGCCACUGGUUCAGCCAGCUACCUCUUUCCCUCCAGUAAGACAGCCCUCUGGCUAUAGCAGCGCCUCCUUCUAUGACUACACAAGUCUCUCGCCCUCCACGGAAUCUACCAGCUCUCCUGGUUUUGAAUACAGUGGUUCUUCAGAAUCGGAAUACACCAGUAUCUCAGACAGCACCAGUCCAUCAUGCUCUACACACAAGACCACCUCUUCGGCUUCUUUGGUGGUGAUAAGUUCCUCAGAGGAGCACACUGAGCCUUUGGCCUUGGAGUACAGCAGCUCCUCCACUGAGCAUGCCUUAAGUUUUGAAAGUGGUCCAUCCCCUAAAAAUGGCCCCCACUCAGCUCUUGGGGACACCACCAGUUCCCCUGCCUGCAGCUCAGGGCUUGAAAGAUGGGCCUAUCAAAGUCUUGCUAGGGAUGGAGACCCUGGUGGUGGCUGGCUUGUCAGUCCUCCGCCUUCUGCAGUGGCAAGCCCAAAAGAGUGCUGCAGCCCCACAGUGAGCUUUCCUGGAUCUGGACCUUCAAGACCUCCAUCCAGAGAGGGCCACCAAGAAAAUAUAAGUGGUCCGGCCACAGAGAGCGAAAGUGAUUCUGAAGGCCCUGUCAGGCUUGCGGUAUAUUCUCCCCAUAUAACGCUCAAGGACCUGAGAGGGCAUUGUGGCUGCUGGCACAAAGGGAGACAAAGUGAACUUCGCAACUUGCAACAACCCACUUACGGCAAAGCACAGCCUUCAACUCACUUCUGCUCGGCUAGUGGCUUAUAGCAGGGAUCAGGAAGCCCUAGCCUGCAGGCCUAAUUAGGUCCACCAGGCCUCCCUUUUUUGCCCAUGACCUGAAGCUGUUUUAGCCAUGCCAUGCCUACCUACCUGCGAUCGGGGAUGGGGCAGAUAAAGGCAGGGCUUGGAAGAAAGGGCUUUGCAGGUGUUGUGAUGGGUUAAAAUUAAAAAUGUUAUAGUAGAAUAAAACCAAAUAACAUUAAAUGAAACAUAUGUUUGCCUCCCUUAUGAGAAAGUACGGGAGUCUUUCCGCUUAUCAGCUUCAUUUGCAAUUAAAAAUGUUGUUCCCAGCUUACCAGACCAAAGGUCAAGGAUAAAGGAAGUUUGGAGGGAGAACAGAGAAGUGGACCAGAAUAGAUAGAUGCUGAGAAAUCAAAUAAUGAUGUAUUUCUGAUUAGCUAUGCAUUUCUGAUGAUAUGUGUGUGACGUACCUGUAGCCUAUAAAUAUGAUGGAUGUCAGCAAAUCUGGAGAGUCACUUAAGGGUGACCCUCCCUUUGCAAAGGCUCAAUAAAGGCAAACAUUCACGGUA